AUGGUCUGCAAGAUGUUUUUGAAACUUGUGAUUCUAACGCUAAUAGCGCACAGUGCUACGGAUGGAGCACCGGCACAGGGAGUGGAUCCAAACUUAAAAGAAUUCUUUAUUGAAGCAGAUGAAAACGAGCAAAUGUUUUCCUUUCGCACAAACGAUCAAGAACGGGAAGAAACAACCUCCUUUGAUCCUAAAACGGGUAAACUCGUCAUCUCGGGAUGGUAUCGAUACACUGGCCCGGACGGCGUCCGCUACACCGUACAAUACGUGGCUAACGAAAACGGGUUUCAACCGCUAGGCGCUCAUCUACCGGGUGCCGAUCCGAAUCCCGAUUUAUACGCGAUUUCGACGCCACUUUCAGGGGGAAUUUCUAAAACCGUGCUCUUAUCAUUGGUUGGAUAG